AGGCCACAGCCAAUCUUGUUGAAAAUCCGGGAUAAGAUAUCAGCUUUCAUCUCCUCAUUCUUAUUGAAAUUUGAACCAAAGUCUCUUCACUUGAAAACCCAAUCACAGCUUGAAAACCCUAAUUCACCAUGAUUACUCUCCAAGCUUCACUCCUCUCCACCCCCUAUCCACUUCAUUACUCUCCCCUCCCUCCGUUAAAACUCCGUCAAUUCUCCCCUUCUCCUUUACGCUCCGUCCCCUCCGCUUCCGUCUCCGUCAAGUCCCGAUUUUUUCGGCACCGUUUCAUCCUCUGCUCCACUUUUCGCCCCGACAAUGUCGGCUCUGAUGACGCGGAAUUCGGCGAUUCUCCGGCGGUGGCGGAGGAGGUGAAGAGUGAGGCUGACGUGGCGGUGGUGGAGAAGCCGAAGUCCGAGGAAGGAGAGGAGGUGGCGGAGAUUCAAGAGUCGUUGAGGAAGUUGCCGGUUGUGGUGUUUAUGAUUGGGGUGUUUGAGAGGUUGAGGACUGGUUUCGAGAAGCUUGUCUUGUCGAAAUGGUUGAGUUGGUGGCCGUUUUGGCGACACGAGAAGCGGUUGGAGAGGUUGAUUGCUGAAGCCGAUGCUAAUCCUAAAGAUGCCUUGUUGCAGAGUGUUUUGCUUGCUGAGCUCAAUAAGCAUAAUCCAGAGGCUGUAAUUAAACGUUUUGAGGAAAGAGAUCAUGCAGUUGACAGUAGGGGAGUGGCAGAAUAUAUUAAAGCUCUUGUAGCUACAAAUGCAAUUGCCGAAUAUCUUCCAGAUGAGCAAUCAGGAAAACCUUCCAGUCUCCCCACGUUGUUGCAAGAGUUGAAGGAGCGUUCAUCUGGAAACAUGGAUGAGCUCUUUUUGAACCCUGGUAUUUCUGACAAGCAACCUUUGCAUGUUGUAAUGGUAGACCCUAAAGCAUCUAAUAAAUCAUCACGUUUUGCACAAGAACUUAUCUCUACCAUCUUGUUUACUGUUGCUGUUGGUUUAAUCUGGGUAUUGGGUGCUGCUGCACUUCAGAAGUAUAUUGGUGGUUUAGGUGGGAUGGGAACUUCAGGUGUUGGUUCAAGUACUUCAUAUGCUCCAAAGGAAUUGAAUAAAGAAAUAGUGCCUGAGAAGAAUGUUAAAACAUUCAAGGAUGUCAAAGGUUGUGAUGAUGCAAAACAGGAGCUUGAGGAAGUGGUGGAGUACCUAAAAAAUCCAACAAAGUUUACUCGGCUUGGCGGGAAGCUGCCAAAGGGAAUUCUUUUGACUGGAGCUCCGGGAACAGGAAAAACUUUGCUCGCCAAGGCUAUUGCUGGAGAAGCUGGAGUACCUUUCUUUUACAGAGCGGGUUCAGAAUUUGAAGAAAUGUUUGUUGGAGUUGGCGCUCGGCGUGUAAGAUCCUUAUUUCAAGCAGCAAAAAAGAAGGCUCCAUGCAUCAUUUUCAUUGAUGAAAUCGAUGCUGUGGGAUCAACUAGGAAACAAUGGGAAGGUCAUACAAAGAAGACGUUGCAUCAACUACUCGUUGAAAUGGAUGGUUUUGAACAGAAUGAGGGGAUCAUUUUGAUGGCCGCAACAAACUUGCCUGAUAUCCUUGAUCCAGCUUUAACACGACCUGGUAGAUUUGACAGGCAUAUUGUUGUUCCUAAUCCAGAUGUGCGGGGUCGUCAAGAUAUUUUAGAGCUAUAUUUACAAGACAAACCCUUAGCGGAUGAUGUCGAUAUAAAAGCAAUUGCACGUGGUACACCAGGGUUCAAUGGAGCAGAUCUAGCCAACCUGGUCAAUGUUGCAGCAAUCAAGGCUGCAGUUGAAGGAGCUGAGAAAUUAAAUUCAGAGCAAUUAGAGUUUGCAAAAGACAGAAUAAUGAUGGGUACAGAGCGCAAGACGAUGUUUGUGACAGAGGAGUCUAAAAAGCUCACUGCUUAUCAUGAGAGUGGUCAUGCAAUCGUUGCCUAUAACACCGAUGGUGCUCAUCCAAUUCACAAGGCGACAAUUAUGCCCCGUGGAUCUGCUCUGGGAAUGGUUACACAGCUUCCUUCAAGCGAUGAGACAUCAAUAAGCAAGAAGCAACUAUUAGCACGUCUUGAUGUCUGCAUGGGAGGGAGAGUUGCUGAGGAGCUUAUAUUUGGUCAAGACCAUGUUACCACUGGUGCGAGCAGUGAUCUUGAAACAGCCACAAAGCUUGCACAAUAUAUGGUAUCAACUUGUGGAAUGAGUGAUGCAAUCGGUCCUGUUCAUAUAAUAGAGCGGCCCGGGUCAGAAAUGCAAUCACGUGUUGAUGCUGAAGUAAUUAAACUGCUAAGGGAAGCUUAUGAUCGUGUGAAAACCCUGUUAAAAAAGCACGAGAAGGCUUUGCAUGCAUUGGCAAAUGCACUGCUCGAAUAUGAGACAUUAAAUGCAGAGGACAUAAAGCGUAUUCUUAUUCCCAGUCGAGAAGUACCACUGCCAGAUCUAGAACAGCAACAACAAGAAGAAGAGCUUGUGCUGGCUUGAAUGGUGAACAUUUUAUCCAUGUAUAAUCUUCUUCAGUUGUAGCCAGGAGCUCUUAAAAUAGAUUAAAAAGAAUGUAGCGGAGGAGCUCUGUACAGUAAUACAGUGUAUACUAGGUAGUACAUGCAAUUAUAUAGGACAUUUAUAUUCUUUUCCAUGUUCAACAGUGCUGUUGUGAACUUGCAUUGUAUUGAAAGAACAUUAGAAUCUCUGUAUUCUACGAGCAGCGUUGUAACACCCAUAUUCAUCAUUUCAAUCCAUAAAUUAAUCAGUUAAAUUAGGAUUCAA